AUGGGCAGCGAGUCCACUCCCAACAGCGCCGCCGGAGCAGCAAAUACUCCUGCUGCUGAAUCAACCACCUCUAUCACGCAGCUUCGUCCAGGGGGAGCCCCUGCCCGAGUAUACAUGAACGAGAAGAUCGUGCCUUAUCUACUUGAGGGGAUGAAGAUGGUCACGAAAGAGCAACCUUCGAAUCCCCUUCGAGUCCUAGGCGAAUACCUAAUCCAGAAAAGCAACGAGAUCGAAGGUGGAGCAUCGAAUAAAUCGCCGGAGUAA